UUGCCUUUGCGCGAGGACGUGCGUAGAUCCUGUUUUUCCAUUACGAGCUUGCUUUUUCCCGUCGUGCGUCGGAGUGGCACGGAAUAAAAAUAAUAAAAACCAGAACCAGAAUCCGAUUGCGAGUCCCAGUCCAAACUGAAGAGAACGGAAAGACCGCAGACAGCAGAGAAUUUUGUGCUUCAGAAAUUGCAUUCAAAGACCAGAAAUCCAAAAAGAAAGCACAGGACCCACCAGGAUCCGGCCGGGGAUCGACCAUAGCUGUCCCCUAUAUACAUAUGUGUGCGACGCUGUUGCUUCCUGUGUCCGUGCAAGUGUGUGUGCGGCUGUUUGUGCAGUCACGUGUUCUAAGGUGAUUUUAACGAGUUCCGUGAUACGCGAAAUGAGAUAAGAAAUAAGCGGACCCAAGGAGUAGAACAGGAAGAGAGAGUGAAAAGAGCAAAAGAUAUCCCCGUGCCCCCAGGCCACACACACACACAGGAUACCCGCUCGUUGGCUGCCGCCUCGUUGCCUCGUUGCCUCGUUGCCUCUUAAAGGAUUUGAGGAUAAAUCUCCCGAAAAUUGCAUAAAACAAAAUUGUUUGCCAAAUUGUGCAGAGAAAAGAAAACCAGAAAUAACUAAGAAACAAAGAAAAAAACCAGUGACUUUUUAUCAACCGCAAUUUAUUGAUCAACAAAUAAUAACACAAUCUAAAGCUGAAAUUAUAAAAAAAUAUAUGACCUGAAGAAAAUAAAAUUGAAUUUUUCACCAUGCGGUUUCCCCAAGUUUUCUAUCAAAUGGCCUUGACCACAAUCAUUCUGGCAAUCACGAUAGAGCUAGCAAGCGCCCUGAGAGAUGUCCGGGUACGAGUGCCACACGCGGUGCGGCGGGGAGAGAAGGGCAUUCUAAAAUGCUUCUACGACAUCGAGGACGACAGCCUGUACUCGGUGAAGUGGUAUAAGGGUAGACGCGAGUUCUAUCGAUACACCCCCAAGGAGACUCCGCCCAUGAAGGUCUUUCAUUUUCCGGGUGUUAAAGUGCGGCGCGUGUCCUCGAAUGAGAGCCAAGUGGUGCUGGAUGCGGUAACAAUGGCAACAUCCGGUAAAUACAGUUGCGAAGUAUCUGCGGAUGCGCCCUCAUUUCAUACAUUAAUAGCGGCAGCCGAAUUGGAGGUUAUUGAGGCACCGCACAAUCCGCCAUACAUAACGGGAAUACGUGCCCGAUACCGUGUCGGCGACAUAUUGCGAGGUAAUUGCACAUCGCGACACUCCCGGCCCGCGGCCAAUCUCACAUGGACAGUGAAUAAUGAAGAGGUGAACCCCUCCCACGUGCGGCAUCAUAAAAUCGUUGUGGACACUCGAAACGAUAUGCAAACCUCCAUUGUGGGCAUCCACUUCGUGGUCACCGAUCAGCACUUUGACAACGGCAAGCUUAAGCUCCGGUGCAGUGCCCAGCUGCAUGACGUGUACUGGAAGACCACCGAGAAGAACAUCCUCGAGGCGGAUCCGUUCACCAAGUACGGCAGCGGAGGGGCCAGCGGGAACCGCGUCAGCCCGGACGAGUUCUACGACCAGUACACGCUGCACGAGGACGAGCAGUUCCACAGCAAGAAGAACAGCUAUCUGACACAGCUGCAGGGCGAAGAAGACGACGGGGCCGAAGGAGCGGAGGACGGCGGCGCCGCCUGGCGGGGCGUUGGCUCGUCCAGCUGCUGUCCGAGUCAAUCUUUGGCAGUCACUGGAUCGCUGCUGGCGGUGCUCGGCUGGACGCUAGGCAGGCAAUUAGUGUCGCAGUUGCAGGCGCUAACAAGCGGCGCCGGCAUCACGGCGAGUGGCACACCCAGCAACAACACGAAUCGCAGCAGCAGAAGGUGCACCAUCCUCCGGAAACAUUCCGGACACAUGCGGGUCAGCGCCACAAAGCAACGGCAGCGGCGCGGCCAGGGCCUGCGGGCGUCCGACUGCAGCUGGAGAGGAUGCACACUCGGCAGGACCAGCGGCAGCAGCAACAGCAGCAGCAGUUGCAUCAGGCAAUUAACAUGAUUCAAUUGUCAUGCAACUCUUGUGCCACAUGCCGGGGAGGUGAACGGGAUGCGAGAGUAGGGAGAGCAGCGCGUUGAGGAAGAGCUGAAGAGAUAUACUCGUAGAGGUGCCAGAAUGCGCAGAGCAGAUGCUGAGGAUGGGAUGUGAGAGUUCAGCCCUAGGCCAAGACCCAGAAGCAAAAGCAACCACUGCAAAAUGUAUCUAAAAUAUUUACACACCCAUACACCAAGACACAAGACACUCGUUUCAGCUAGCUCAAAGUAACUUCGAAUGCAUUUAAGAGAUUACAAAAAAAAAACAAAACAAA